AUGACGACUCCUGUCAAUAUCACAGAUUUUAGCAAGAUUCCAACGAUGCCGGGAGUUUCACCUAUGACUCCAGAACAAAGUAAAGGAGGCUUUUGGUCAUCAAAUCCAAUUUCCAGUUUCUGUAUCGAUACUUACAAGAGUAUUCACAAUAAGAGACAAUCCCUAGCGCUAUCUAAUCCAGGUUCUGUGGAAAAUUUGAACAGAGAAGUAUCUCGUGAUGUUUUCCUUACGCAAUAUUUCUUCACAGGUCUAAGAGCUGAUUUGAACAAGGCCUUUUCAUUGAAUCCUGCAUUCCAAACUUCUCAUACAUUCUCCAUUGGCUCAAACGUUUUGCCAAACUAUGCACUAUCUGCUCUUUUUGCUAAUGAUAAUAUGUUUAUCCAAGGUAAUGUCGAUAACGAUUUAUCACUUUCUGGUAGAUUGAACUAUGGGUUAGAUAAAAACAACAUUUUCAAAAUGAAUGUGCAAUUGGCUCAAGGUCAACCAUCAAUGUGCCAAUUGGAACAAGAUUACCAAGGUAGUGAUUUUUCCUUAAACUUUAAAACUUUAAACCCAUCUCUUUCUUCAAAGGGUGCAUUUACCGGUGUUGCAGUUGGUUCUCUAUUGCAAAGUGUUACUCCAAACUUAUCCUUGGGUUUGGAAGUUUUGUACUCUAGAAUUCAAUCUUCUUCGCCUGCUGAUGCUGGUGUCUCUUAUUUGACUCGUUUUGUCUCAAGUAAGCAAGAUUGGGUGUUCUCUGGUCAAAUGCAAGCCAACGGUGCUUUGAUUGCAUCUUUCUGGAGAAAGGUUACACCUAGCGUAGAGGCAGGUAUUGAAACUACUUUACAAGCAGGUAUGCUUCCAAUUACUGAUCCCGUUGUUGGUACUCCAAUUGGUAUUCAACCAACAAUUGAAGGUUCAACAACUUUAGGUGCCAAAUACGAAUAUAGAACUUCUGUUUACAGAGGUAGUGUUGAUGGUAACGGUAGAGUUGCCUGCUUCUUGGAAAAGAAGAUUUUACCAACUUUAUCCGUCUUGUUCUGUGGUGAAAUUGAUCAUUUUAAAUCUGAAAGUAAAUUAGGUUGUGGUCUACAGUUUGAGACGGCUGGUAACGAAGAAUUGUUAAUGCUACAACAAGGUUUGGACGUCAAUGGUAACCCAUUGCAAAUGCCACCUCAGUGA